AUGCUCCCCAGUCCGCUCAUAACUUCUUCCACCACGCCUUUCUCUGUGAAAGACAUUCUGAAGUUAGAGUUGCAGCAACAAUCUCAGCAGCACCAGCUCCAGUUUAUCUCCUGCUUCGGUCUCUCCGGCGCGUUGUCACAGCCGGGACCUUUCCCAAAUAAACCGUUCCGGUCUCAUUCGCCACCCUCCUGCAUGCUGGCCGGUAUGGACAGUCCGAGUCCCGUAAGCUCCGGCCUCUCGGAGAGCGAGGAGAGGAUGUCGUACCUCAACACGCUGCCUGUGCAGGACCGGCUGGCGGAGCCCGGGCUGCCAGGGGAGAUGUUCGGCAACCCGGCGCAGAACCACUCCGCAGAGCUCCGGCGGGGGACCGAACAAGAGGACAGAGAUAGCAAGAGCUGCGGUGCGUUGCGGGGUGAUUCUGAGGAUCCAGACUCAGAGAAGCCUGCCACCAAGCAGCAGAGGAGCAGGAGGAAACCCCGCGUCCUCUUCUCCCAGGCUCAGGUGUUUGAGCUGGAGCGGCGCUUCAAGAAUCAGCGCUACCUGUCCGCCCCGGAGAGAGAGCACCUGGCCAGCUCCCUGAAACUCACCUCCACCCAGGUCAAGAUCUGGUUCCAGAACAGGAGGUACAAAUGCAAGAGACAGCGGCAGGACAAGACUCUGGAGAUGGCAGGUCAUCACCAUCACCAUCCCCACCCACCGCCGCCCAGGAGGGUGGCUGUGCCGGUGCUGGUACGGGACGGGAGGCCUUGUCUGACUGGAUCCCAGAACUAUAACACUUCUUACACAGUCGGAGCUCCAAACCCGUACAGCUACAAUGGUUAUCCAGCCUACAGCUACAACAACUCGGUGUAUACUAACACGUACUCCUGUACUUAUUCUAGUUUGCCUGCUCUGCCGCCCAGCAACACCACUGCUAAUGCUUUUAUGAACAUGAAUUUAGGAAACCUCGGUGCACAGACGCAAAGCCAGGCGUCCCAAGGACCAGUCGUCACACCCUGCCAGGGAACUCUACAGGGCAUCAGGGCAUGGUAGCGCAGACUUUACGCACAAUCACAACUGGGAGAGACUUCCCUUGGAUGGCUCAAUGGACUCAAGCAUGUAAACGUGAUCAACUAAUGCAACGAAAGCACAAUUUGAAACUCAGUAAUAGAGUCGACUCAAGGCAGGCCUAUGUGCCAGGCCUAUGUGGAAACCCUAACCCGUUGACUGGGAUACAAACCAGUUUGCGCAUUUUUCUCUGAGCCACAAUUUUUAGAAAACGUAUUACACCUGCUGUCGGUUAUUUGAUUCUCGGAGUGAAUGUAGCCGAUUAGCAAAGACUGUGCGUAAUGUGGCAUAUUGUGGUUCAAAAUGGAUGUAAAGAUGUACGACAAAAAUAAAGGGAAACGCAUUUCUAAGCAUAAAGUAUAGCCCAAAAUGAAUGUGGCCUAAUAAAAAUCUGCAAGAAAAUAA